CCCGCGGUCGAUCUCGCGGUCGACCGACCUUUCGAUUCGACCGAUCGGGUCUACGCGACCACAUCGCUCGCGAGGCGGUCCCUCCGCCGGGCCCGCGGAUUCGAGGCUUAGUCCCUCGCAGGACACUGCGAGGUGAGGUCGUACGGCCCGGGGCACGUCCCAUAUUUUGUUUGCGCCGUUCCGCUCGCGCUCGGCCGUGUUUGUUUGGCUUGCGUAACGCGCCGAGGUUGACUCGGACUCUCGGGAGGGAGAGAGCGUCUCUUAGCCGGCCGCGGCUCGCGCUAACGGUGGAACUCGUUACGCCGGCAUUCAAGGGCUACCGUUUUCGCUCGAGCGCGGAUAUCCUUUACUCUUGGCAACGUCGCGACUCGGUCUCGGGUGAAGCGAUCGGUAAGUCGAUUGCCAUCCGACGCUGUCUCGCUGCUUCCGCGCGACAAAGGGUCGCCCGCGACGCGAUCCUCGGCGAUGAGGGCGCGAAUCGGACGCGGGAAGAGGAGCGCCAUCCGGGGGGCUGUGGCGCACCGCGCCGAGCGAUAUCCCCGACUGGGCGCGAUAUCGAGGUGCGCUGAUGCACGCGCCGCUUGGCCGGCUCGAGUGUGAGUGCAAGCGCGCGCUCGCCGCGAACGUGCCUCGCCGAGGGAGUCCGAGGAUACCCGAGGAUACUCGAUAUUCGCAAUUAUUGCCACGCGGCAACUGGAAAGGCGCCGAUAAACGACGGGAAGGAAAGAUGUUCAAGCUCUCCGGGAGGCAGGAGUGGGAGGCCUGGACGAAGGAUAUCAGGCUGCAGCUGAACGAGCAGCUACGAUGCCUGGACGUGCGCAUGGAGGCGCAAGUCGCCCUGGUCGCCGAGCUGCAGGACUUCUUCCGAAGGAGGGCCGAGCUCGAGCUGGACUACAGCAAGUCCUUGGACAAGAUGGCCAAGAGCAUCCAGCUCAGGCACAAGGAACAAAAACAAAAGAGAGAGCAGUGGCCCCUGUUCUCCAGCUACGCCUGCUGGCAGCAACUCGUCAAUGAGACGAAGUCGCUUAGCAGAGACCACGCGGCUCUUUCCGAGGUCUACAGCACGCAUCUCGUCGGUAGGCUCAACCAGGUCAUGGAGGACGUCCAGCGGAUCUACAAACGCUGCCGGGAGAUCGGCUACGAGACACACGAGGAGAUCCUUCGAGUGCUUCACGAGCUCCACACCACGAUGAAGACCUACCAAGCCUAUCAGGCAGAGUCCAGACAAGCCGAGACCAAGCUACGCGUUGCCGAACAGCAACGAAGCAAGCUAGAAGUAGCCAACGUACCUCCGGAAAAGCUGGCUCGCAGCAAGAAGUACCGCCUGAUCGAGAAGGAGGUCAACAAGAGGAAGAACAAAUACACGGAGGCGAAGCUGAAGGCGCUCAAGGCCAGGAACGAGUACAUCCUCUGCCUGGAAGCGUCCAACACCACGAUACACAAGUACUUCGUCGACGACCUGUCCGAUCUCAUCGAUUGUAUGGACUUCGGGUUUCACAACUGCAUCGCCAGGGCCCUACUGAUGCACUGCAGCGCCGAAGAAGGCAGGCAACGAUCCUUGCAGUCAGGAGCGGAACAACUAGCCACCUGCGUCGGCGCCCUGGACUCCAGAGCUGAUAAGCAGAGGUUCCUCGAGUCGCAUCACGCUGCUUUCAUGAUUCCUAAAAAAUUCGAGUUCCAGGGCCAGCGAGGAGACGAGACUCCCGAGCCCGAGCUGCAGAAGGUGCUGCACACGGAAAUGGAGCAGAGGCUGGCGCAGCUUCAGCAGAGGGUCACGUCUCUCAGGACGGAGUCCGAGGAGGUGUGGAAAACCUUGGAGACCGCCGAGGCGAGUCUCCUGGAGAUGCUCACGGCUAGGGAUUACGACUGCUCCAGGUAUUUCGGGGAAAAUGCGAUGCCCACGUCGAGGCCUCCCGAGACCCUGCAGAUCAAGCUGAGGGCCGACAGACAGGAGACGGAAGAGUUCUAUCUCACGAAAUUCAGGGAGUAUCUGCUCGGGACCUCGAGAAUAGCCAGGCUCGACGCGAAGCAGGAAUAUAUACGCCAAAGUCUGUUGGACGGAUCGACCGCCAGUCCGAAUCCUUCGAUAUCGACCAGCAAGCAGAAACAAGCUCGCAGGAAGCGAAUCGGCCGUUUGCAGAUGAACGGUCAGCCCAAGUUGUUUGGCGGGUCUUUGGAGGAGUACCUGGAGAGCACCAACCAGGAGAUCCCCCUGAUCAUGAAGAGCUGCAUCCGCGUGAUCAACCUGUACGGGCUCCACCAUCAGGGCAUCUUCAGGGUGUCCGGCUCCCAAGUUGAGAUCAACAACUUCAGGGAGUGGUUUGAAAGGGGAGAGGAUCCCUUGGCCGACGUGACCGACGCCUCCGACAUCAACAGCGUCGCUGGGGUCCUUAAACUCUAUCUCAGGGAACUGAGAGAGCCUCUCUUCCCCAUAAUCUACUUCGAGCACCUCAUGGAAUUGGCGCAAUUGGAGUCGAAGCAAGAGUUCGUCCUGAAGAUGAAGGAGCUGAUCUCGAGCCUUCCACGGCCGGUCGUUAUCGUCAUGCGAUACCUCUUUGCUUUCCUGAACCAUCUCUCGGAAUUCUCCGACGAGAACAUGAUGGACCCGUACAACCUCGCGAUCUGCUUCGGGCCUACGUUGGUCCCGGUUCCAGAGGACAAGGAUCAGGUGCAGUACCAGAAUCAAGUGAACGAGCUGAUAAAGAACAUCAUCACGUUCUACGAGGAAAUAUUCCCCGAGGACAUCGGUGGCAUUCAGUACGAGAAAUACAUCAGCAGAGAGCCUGAUGAUGUGGACGUGGGUGAUUCACCGACCGACCAAGUGCAGGAAGACAUGGACUCGGAGGUCUACCCGUCCGAGGACGAGUCGGAGAACCUGGGGGCAACCGCGCAGUUCGAUUUCACGGCGAGGUCCGAGAGGGAGCUCAGCUUUAAGAAGGGCGAUACGCUCACACUGUUCACGCAGGUCAGCAACGACUGGUGGAGGGGCGCAGUCGGCAGCAGAGAGGGGCUCAUUCCUGACAAGUACAUCAUGCUCAAGAUAAAAGGCGAGGAGCGAGAAAAGGAACUGCUGAAGUCGUCGAGCGAGGAGUCGAUGCGACGUCGAGCCUCCAGCUCGGCAGAUAGCAUUCUGUCGAGCAACAACUCGCCGCUGAUGGGACCAAGCGGGGCCGGCAACACCUGGGCCUCGGCGAUGACCUCGGACGGCUCGACGGUGAGCUCGGGCGUGUUGCAAGCCGACGUCGGUGGCGCCGGUGGCGGCACCGGCGCCCCCGGCAACGCUCAGGGCGUCCUGACGAACGCAGUCUGCGUCUCGUCCUCCCAGCCCAUCAUCAGCCGAGAGGAAUCUAUGACAACGGCGGCGUUGACGACCACGUCUAGGUCGACGAGGUCCUCCAGCCCGGAUAAGGAGAGGUCAUCCUUCGGAAGCGAGUACCGGGAGUCGGCGAGGUCGGCGCCCGACGUGUCCUCGGACGAAGUGGGGUCAGUAUUCGCGGACUCGCAGGCCGCGCAGCAUCAUCAUCAGGCGCACCUGCAGCAUCCUCAUCAUCAGAGAGAAGAGGACAGCGCGGAGGAGGGCGAGCGGGGGCCCUUCUCGGAGGGCUCGAAACGUGGAGGGGGUCGCCGGCAGCACUGGAAAUCGCAGAGCCUGGGAGAUACAGGUCAGCAAGGAGGUCGGCAGGGUCAGCAAGGUCAGUCGGGUCAGAUGGAUCAGGUUGGCCAGGUGGGCGCUACGUUGCAGACCGCCCAAGUGAGCUCGUCCCAGGAAGAGGACCCACUAGGCGAGCAGACGACCUUCUCAGCCAACCGUGAACUCUGGCAACGAAGAGCGACCUCUCAGACUCAGCCGAGUGCGCCGGUCCCGCCAACCCCGAAGACCUUCCGCAGCUCGCAGGAAUUCCGGGAGAUGCGGCAGAAGCACACCCCAGACCUGGUGAUGGACCUUCCCCUGAGUGCGCAGGACUCCGGGAAGAAGUCGGCCUCGUCGAGCAGCCUGAGCAGCUCCGACGAGGAACUCGGCACCGCCCCUGCGGGCCCCGUGACCCCCGUGACUCCGGUGACCCCGGUGACCCCGGUCCUCGCCGUGCCGCCGUGUUCGGGGCGCACCGAGGCCGCGACCUCGCCGACCGGGGGACCGGAGUCGCCCGAUAUGAGCACCGCCGCCGAGAGGUUCGCCAAGCAGAACCAGUGCACCUUGAAGAAGAACACGAAGAGCGCGGCCGGCGCGGAGGGCGCGAAGUUGAAGAGGGUGGAGACCGCCGACCAGGUCGAGGCCGACGUGGACUCGGAGCCUGCGGGGGAGAUCGUCAGGUCGGCGAGCACGAACAGGAUCUCCGACGUGGCCGCCGUGCCCUUGAGGUCGCCCCUUCCGCCCAGGUCCACGCCGAAGAUCGCCGCCAAGUUCGCCGACAUGCAUCUCACUGGCGGUAGCCAGGUCUCUACGUUCAAGCCCCAGGUCAAGGUCAAGCCCACCAUUCUGAGGAAGCCGGUACUGCCGGCGUUCCCGCACCCACACAUGAGCCCCGAACUCGCCAGGAAGAUCGAGAAGCAGGCGCAGAGUGCCGAACAGGCCAAUUAGACGUCCAGAGGGAUUGGACCGAGUCCUCGAAAUGAUCUUGAAGAGACCUCCGCCACUUCGCCGCCGAAGACCGCUUCGUGGCGAUGGAGACUUUUAUAUUCGGUGCCGAAAGGCGUGAGCAAGAUUUAGGAGGACUUCGAUUCGAGUCGAACCCUCGGGAGGUUUGACUUCCUGAAGAUGUUCCAAGUUGAAGACUCCGAAAUCUCGCUCACCCCUGAGUAGGGUAAGGAGUGCGAUGGUUGUGCGUGGCGAACGGGCGGUUUUCAGUUAUUGGCACGCGUCUAGGUAUUUCCGACUCAUGUACCCAGCUCGUACAGUGCCAAGUGCAACAGCGUCAACGGCUGCAUCGUUUUCUUACCCUAGUCGUAAUCUCAGCUGGUCCCCCUCCGUCGCGAAUUGCGGAAUCGCGGCCCUAAUGGGACGGUUGCGUAACAGCGACAUUCGCGCGAAUCGCCUUCGACGGAAUCGAGUAGUUUCAACUCGACCGAGAUUCGAUCAACUCCGAGCUUAAUUCCUCUAUGUAACGAUUAACGAUUGUCCAGUACUAGGUAUCGAUAAUGCUAUUUAAGAGACGUCUUAUCCUAGAGCUGUGCAAUCUCAUUGAGCCCUGCUGCGACCUAGGAUUAAGGGGACGUGGAAGUGGCGUCAAAGAGGUCUCGUUUAUGAAACUUUUCUCCGAACUGAGGUUACCGAAUCGUUUCAAACCUCAUAACAUGAAUAUGGAGGCUGGAAGGAAGGCCCCGACGCCCAUGAAAUUUCAAUGUUUUAAAAAUUUGUUUAUAGACAUUUAAAAAAGUCCUUGAUAAGAAGUGCAAUUUUAUGAGCGUAAGGACCUUUCUUAUAAUCUCCAAAUUCACGGUGAAAAGUUUGAAAUCAUUCGAUGGACCCAGUUCAGAGAAAAGUGUUAGAUGAACUCUUAAAUGCCACUUUCGCGUCCCCUUAAAAGUUGAGUACUCGCGCGGACGAGCGUUGCAUCGAGACGCCCCUGGUCGAAUUCUUUCAAUCGAUUGUACCCCGUUAUCGACGUCGCGAAUAUGAAUAGUAUCCACGCGGGCGGAAAUUUCUCGGCUAUGAGGAAAGAGUCUAAUUUCGCCGUGAUGUAUAUUAACGCGCGUCGCUUCUUGCGGGGCGUCUCGACGUUAAGCGCGUUUCAACGCUCAUUUUUUUUACGCUUGUCCGUAAAUCGCGAGACGCACAACCACCGCGAUAAAUCCCGUCGACCAAUCGCUCCGCCCAUUGGAAGAAGUUCGUAAUAGUCGUAUACCCGCGGAGAGAAGAUGAUAAUGUCGCCGGUGGUGGCGACCGGUGGCGGUCCCGCGAUCGGCGAGGGAGUUUAUUUUUUCUAUGGAUACCCUUCCAUUUUCGCCUUAUUUUUUUACCAAAUGACCCACGAAACGAUGUUUCUAGUCAUCCAACGAGGACAAGGGUGCGGGGGUAGGUUUAAAUAAGGGGUCAGGAGCUAAGCGCCCUCGACAAAGCCGAGCGCAUCGAAGCGUCCCCGAGAGGACUUGCAGGGCGCAUAGAUGAUCCGAACGAAAUCGACGCGGCGGCGAGUACUUAUCCGAGGACGUUCGAAAACGAGCUGUUCAAAAUUACCCCCUACCUCUUACGAGAGGACGAGCAGGUUCCCGAAGGUUUUCGAAUAAAAUCGGAGGGGGUGCGGGGGGAACUUUUAAGUGAGGAUUUUAUUCGGCCUCGGAUGGUAUCGGCCGUGCGAUUUAUUUUUCACCUCGCGUAAGUCUGGACGUUGUUUAGGGACGUACCCUUGCACGUAGUUAACGCUCGUUAGAACUCGGUAGCGGAGGUCGGUGCAGGCGACGCGUUCGAUGUUCCUUUCAGGAGUUCGAGUCGCGCGAGUCCUAUAUGGCUCGCGGGGGAGGGAGUUGGUUUUAUUUCCUUUUUAAUUCGUAAACGAGUAGAAGCGUGCGAGGCGAGAGAAAGCGCGAGAAGGCCGGAGGCGUCGAGGAAGAGAGAGAGAGAGAAAGAGAAAGAGAGAGAAAGAGAGAGAGAAAGAGAGAGAAAGAGAGAAAGAGAGGUAGAGCCGCGAAGGCCGUUCUCGCUCGCUUCGGAUGCGAACCAGGCGUACCACCUGGGGAGGUACUAAUAUACGACAGAGCGACGUUCGAUAUAUUCAAACAAAGUGGUACUUCGUAUGUACAAUAACGUAUUUAACGGUUGAUAUCGGUAGCUAGGCGGACGUAUAUACGCGCAUAUAUACGUGCUAAUUUCCAAAGUCGAGGCCAGCGACGAGCACCGCGAUCUAUCUCGGUGUAAUAUCAUGCCUUUUCCCCUGUAAUCCGCUACGACGAGGAUGUAUACCGGAAAGAAGGUGGUGGAGGCCUCGGCGAGGUCUUCCAAGAUGGCGCCGAGGAGUCCCGCGUCGGCCAUCUUGAAUCCGUGAGUAGAUGAUUCCGCGAUUCUUGAAUAAUAUAUAGUAAUCUAUACCAACGCUCUUCCAGGUAUUGGGUUGAAGCAUAGGAGGCAUAAAGAGGGUUUUCUUUUUUUAACGAGACUACCGACAAAAAACAACGCGCACUUAUACUUCGAUCCAAUAUUACGUACUUAUAUUUUGCAAUCCCCGAUUUUUCGCGACGAGUUCAAUUCACAGGUGUGGCGCGGAUUUUGUGGAGCCGUUUUUUCAUAACUCGUCGACUCUCUUCCAUGUUCUGUCCGACGGUAUCGCUGUCCUCGUUAUUUAAACCGCAAUCGAUGUAUACGCUCGUAUACGGUGCGAAACCGGCGAAUUCCCCGCGACGCGCGAUUCGCGCCGUUAUUUAUGAGUCUUGCGUCCGUUCUUCUUAGACAAAAUGGCGAACGUCGACGCGUCGCGUGGGGGCGAGCUUUCGCGGAGGUGCGUAACUUUAAGUACCGGACGUGCGUCCAUCGUUAUACGACGCGAGACGACGGUACGUAUCGUGUAUCGACUCACUCUACAGUGCAAGGUAGAGCCAUCCACCUGUCGCUACGAUAAAUCCAUAAUACUCCUAGCUUAAAGUACUAUUAUCGAGUAAACACGGUAACGAGCCAACGUUAUAACGAGCACUCGCUAUAGCCCACCGCAAUAAGAGAUAUACCAAAGCUGUCGGCAACCCUCCUUCCGAUUGUAAAGUAUUUUUCAUCGCGACAACUGAUUUGCAGUUUUAACGCUCCGGGCCCCACCGCGCGAUGCCCUCUUCGGAAUUCGAGCCAAACCUGAUGGCGAUUUGCAAAGCGUAUGUACAAAACGCCGCUCGGAGUUGAAGCUCGGCUUUGGCUCCGGUUCUAGGGAACGCGCAGAGGCCCUUCGUUGGUUAGACUCGUUUACGCGGGUUAGUUCGUCUCUCUGUCUCCGUCUAACUCCAUCCCUAUCUCUCUGUACGAUAGUUUUCUACCUAAGAUACGCUGAACUAUUGGUUUUAAUCGAGGUUACUUGUAAUUUAACGCAGUUACUACCUUUGUCGGUAAUUUUAUGAGAGAGCGAGGAAGCCUAAUCUACGGAUACUCUUAUUAAGGCUAACGAUGUUAUCGAUAACAAUAAACGAACGUACAGGCUGUAUGAUUAUUCGAAUAAAACUUACGUGUGAUUCGUC